GUGACCAGAAAAACCAAUACUGACUUUGAGAGUUUGAUUGAACUGCAGAAAGCUAAUAUCGAUGAUUCAUACGGCAAGAAUUCAAAACUACUUUCACCCCUAUUUAUAAAAAAUGUACUUCUUGUCAAAACAACUAAAACCGCCUGUGCAGUCAGCGUGUUGAAAUCUGAGUCUUUGAUAUUUGUCACUUGACUCACCAUUUGCCGGAGAAGUGUAGUGACGCAUCUUGGUGCAACAGUUCAUCUUUGGUAACUCCGGAAGACUCGCUAGCCGAUGAUGUUGUGCUAAAUCAAGUGAGUUUACCGCUUUAAAUUUCCCACAUGAGCCUUUUCUAAAGAGGAGAAAAAUCACUUCGGGAAAAGAGAUGCAGGACGAGGGCAGCCUCCCUGCCAUUGGCUCCCUGAACGCCUCCUACUCCACGUCGCUGACCCUCCCUUCCUCGUACCUCCUGCUUCCACCGGUGGCGCGCAAAGCUGUCUCUGAUGUCCGGCGCACCUUCUGUCUCUUUGUGACCUUUGACCUCCUCUUCAUCACACUUCUGUGGAUUAUAGAGCUAAAUGUUCCCGGUCCGAUUUUGGAUAAUCUAGCAGAUCAGGUCAUCAGAUAUAAAUUCAAGUCUUCCUUCUUUGACAUAGUCCUCCUUGCCGUGUUUCGUUUCCUCUGUCUACAAAUUGGCUAUGCAGCGUUUCUGUUGAAACACUGGUGGGUUGUCGCGAUUUCAACUCUGGUGACCAGCGUCUUCCUCGUGGUGAAGGUCAUUGUGUCUGAACAGCUCUUGUCGAAAAACGCCUUUGGUUAUGUUUUACCCAUCACCUCGUUUGUGGUGGCGUGGUUGGAAACCUGGUUCCUUGACUUCAAGGUUCUCACUCAGGAAGCCGAAAAUGACCGAGCUUACGUAGCGGCAGCGAACGCUGACAGAGGUCCUAUGCUCUACCCCCGCCCUUUUUCUGACGGACAGUUCUACUCUCCACCAGAAUCCAUUGCAGAUUCAGAGGAGUUUCUGGAUGAGGACGGUCUCAGGAGCAGACCGGCCACCUCACAGGAGAAGGAGUACAUCAAGCAGGGUCAAGAUGCCAUGACUGUGAUGGAAAAUAUCCUCGCCCAGGAGGAGCACUGGAAGCUUGAGAAAACCAGCGAGACGGGAGACAGUGUCUACAGUCUGGAAACUAUCAGCUACGGAAAGAUUUUUAUUCUGAAGGCCUUCAUGCAGUGUCCCGCAGAGUUCGUCUAUCAGGAGACAAUAUUGCAACCAGAGAAAGUACCUGAGUGGACCAGAACAGUUACUUCCUGCAAGAUCCUCCAGAGAAUUGACGACAACACUAUGGUGACACAUGACAUUGCUGGUAGCGUAGGGGGAGGCAUCGUGGCUUCCAGGGACUAUGUCACUGUUAGACGAAUCGAACGCAGACAGAACUCUUACUUCAGUACUGGCGUAUCAACCAACCACGAUGCCAGACCGCCAACUGAUCGCUAUGUCAGGGGAGAAAAUCGCCCUGGAGGAUUUGUGGUUCUGAAGUGCAUCAGUAACCCGGCUGUCUGCACAUUAAUCUGGAUCCUCAACACAGAUUUUAAGGGCCACCUGCCCCGCUAUCUCAUCCACCAGGCCCUACCUACCGGCAUGUUUGACUAUGUGGGCCAGUUACGGGAACGCAUCGCUGACGUUAAUCCCUACCUUCGCCAACAGCUUGUUCCAACUACUGGACUCCUGUUUUAAACCUGAGGAGUGGCAGCGUCGUCCUGUGGAGCUCCUGAGCUGAAGGGAUGCGCGGCCAGCUGCCAUGACUGAACUGACUUUACCUCUAAGCAUAGGAGGCCAUAUUUCAGAUCAAACAGAGUAAUUUGGACGGAACAAAUGAUUAUCCUCAAACUAUUUUUUGACUGUUACUCUGACUCCCACUAGGACAUGGGAUUUGUUCUGAGUUGAGGUGGGGCUUUCAUGAUUAGAGAAUCUGUGAGAACUGCUGUCACAGAACAGAAGCAGCUCAAAACCUAUUGUUGUUUUUUAAUUUGCUGCGUGUUUUUUUUUUUUUUUCUGCACCUUCUUUAUAUCUUCCUGCCCACAUGUAACAGCCAUAUUCUUAUUAUUUUAAAAAUUACUGUGAUAGAUGGAAGAGGAUGCGCUACUUCCUGCUCACCGCUAGGGGGCGACAUGACCGAUGUAGAUUGGGAAAAAGGCUCAGUUUUCUGCAGUACAACAGUAAAAUCUGUUGUUCCAGGGUUUUUAACCAGUUUUCUGUGAUUUCCACAGUGAUAUCUUAAAGCUAAUUUCAGAUCAAAGCGACGUUUGUUCAGGCGAUCUAAAAGUAGAUCAGACAUCUUACUACCGCUGUCUUUUGUGCCAAUCACCUCAUGUGGCCUUGUUGGGGGCAGAACAAUGAGCUGGAGUAAACAUGAUUUACAAGUAAAUUGAAGUUACAAUUUACUUCGUCAUGCGUGUGAGAAAUGGAUCAAACUUUUAAUUUCUUUACAUAAUGAAGCAAAACUCAGCUUGUGGCACCAUGCUCCUCAAAAAUCAUCAUGGUUCAAAGGUAAUUGUCCUGAAAUGUGGGUAAAACGCUGUGCUUUUUUUUUUUUUUUUACAGAAACUUCAGUUAUUUUUCCUAAAGGAACAAAUUUGUGGAUUUGACUUUGAGGAAUUUUGUUUUUGGAAGCUGCAGUUAAUAUGGGUGAAAAAAGAGCUGUGCAAGACGUCUGAAAUAAUUGGAUAAUAAAAUUACUCAGAUGUAUUUGUUCUGACUUUUAAAGCUUCCAACAGAAGGAAUUUCAAGUGAAGAAAAAAAUGUAAACAAUUGUGCCUUCAUUGCAGUAACAUAAUAUACUGGGCUUAUUGCUUUUUGUUYGUUCAAACCUGUAUAUUUUCUGCUCCAAUGACGGUCUGUUGAUGCACGAAAAGCCUGCUCGGAGCGCUUAYGUUUACUUAUUUCAAUAUUAGUUUGCAGAUCACUUUGUAAUUCAUUUUAAUAUCAAACAUGUUAAUUCAAACCCAUCACUACUGACCAAUUGUUUUUACUGAAUAAAAACAUCUACACCUAU